AUGGACCGCGCAGCCCGAGAGCUGAUGGACCUCUUCCCCGAUAUCGUCCUCGCCUUUGGCGAAUCAGACGAGUAUAGUUUCUUGUUGAAGAAGAGCACGACGCUGUUUAAUAGACGCCAGGCUAAGAUUUUGAGUACGCUUGUGAGUGCGUUUACGGGGUUUUAUAUGUUUUAUUGGGGGGAGUAUUUUGGUGGGAAGAGUAAUGGAGGAGAGGGGAAGGGAGGAGAGGAAGAGGGCAAGGAGGAAGGUGAGGAGGAGGUGAAGAUGCAGUACCCAGCAAGCUUCGACGGUCGGAUUGUCGUCUACCCCUCCGAGAAAGAAGUCAAGGAUUACUUUAGGUGGAGGCAAGCCGAUACGCAUAUUAACAACCUCUACAAUACCGUCUUUUGGGCGCUGGUGAAGAGCGGGAAGACGACGACAGAGGCGCAUGCGGUUUUGAAGGGCACGUACUCUAAAGACAAGCAUGAAAUCCUAUUCACACAGUUUGGGAUAAAUUACAAUAAUAUCGAUGCACGGUUUAGGAAGGGGAGUAUACUCGUACGGGAAGUGGUCCCGGAGGAGGAAGAGAUUGAGCAUAACCAGAACGACUCUACGCCAGGUCCAUCGUCUUCAACACCCUCCCAUGGCCCCGACCAACCCUCUUCAUCACAAUCCACCGAUCCCCCACCUCCUUCACAAGACCCCUCACUUCAACCCCCCACCUCUACGAGUACGAAUGCUCCAACCGACGCCACUUCCACCUCGAACACCCCCACACCAGCCUCCACUUCGACCUCCACGAGUACGAACACCACCACCUCAAUGAAUACGAACACCCCAUCCUCCACCUCCCCUUCCACCCAUCCAAAAUCCAAGAAAAGACCCAAAAAACCUAAACAACCCAAAACCCGCGUCGUACUCCUCCACUGCGACUUGAUACGGGACGAGUUUUGGGAUUCGAGGCCUGGGUUGUUGGUUGAUUAAUAUGGUUUGGGUUCGUUAGUAGUUGAUUAAUAUUAUGGCCUGGGUUGUUGGUUAGUAUGGCGUCUGCGUUGUUAGUUGGUUAAUAUGGCCGUGAAACACCCUAAUAUUAAUCC